AUUUGGCAUUUGCUGUUCUGUUUGCACUGGUGUCAGUGGUGUCUGGUAGUAAAGAAGAGCGUCAAUGUGUCAAUGUUUGUGUCAAGCUAAACGUGAAAGAAACAUUGUCUAAAUUUAUUGGCCAAAUGAGAAUUCAAAUAGUCUGAGUAGUCUUAUUCGCAUAUUAUUUCGCGGUUGUGUUGUAAAAAACUAGUGGUCAAUUUUGUUAAAAUAAUAAUGAAUUCUACUAAUCGCAAAGUUGUUAUUAGGAAAUGUUUUUGACAUUUCGUUUGUUGUCGGCGGGAAUUUCGAGUGUUAUGAAAUGGCGAUUUGCUUGUGUUAUUUGUGUAAAUCUGGAAAUGUAGAUUUCUACGCAGUGAUAUUCCAUUGAAGUGAAUACAAGCGGGUGUUUAACCUCUACACGCUUAUAGUUAUGUAAAAGCAACAGUUCACUUGUUGACAUUGUUGGACGCAAGCAGUACUGUCCUUGCUUUAUUGGCAAAUAACCAUUUAUGAGAAGAAUUCAAUAGGUACUUCCGUGUAUGUUGAUGAUUGAAAGUCGGUGAAUAAAAAAUUUACAGACAAGAUGACGUUCACUAUGACGGAAGGAGGAUUCGGAGUCGGUGAUUACGUGGCGUUCGGCUUGCUCUGCGCUGGCUCGUGUGCCGGUGGCAUCUGGUACAGUGCACUGGGGUCCAAGACAAAGGCGGUGAAGGAUCUCAAGGAUUACUUGCUUGGAGGGAAGUCGAUGUCAACGUUUCCUGUCGCGAUGUCUCUAAUUGCCAGUUACGUAUCAGGAGUGACAAUCCUGGGUACUCCCGCAGAGAUAUACAACUACGGAGCCCAGUACUGGCUGGUGAUAGUGGGCGUGACCCUGAGCUGCAUCAUCGUCGCUGCCGUGUACCUUCCCGUCUUCUGCACGCUGAGGCUGUCCUCAUCUUAUGAGUAUUUGGAGCUGCGGUUCAACCGGCACGUGCGGGCGGUGGCAUCUAUAUUGUUUCUUUUGGAUGAAGUACUGUUUUUGCCGAUGGUCGUCUAUGUUCCAGCUUUGGCCUUUAAUCAAUUGACUGGCGUUAACGUGUUCAUCGUGGCUGGUAUAAUGGUUUUGAUUUGCGGCAUCUAUACAGUAUUGGGUGGUCUCCGCGCAGUGGUGUGGACUGACUCGGUUCAGACUGGGGUGAUGUUCAUCGGGGUGGUCCUGGUGGCCACAGCGGGCACCCUGGCUGUGGGAGGCGUCACCAACGUGCUCUCCGUCGCUGAGGCGUCUGGCAGACUGGAGUUGUCCAAUUGGAGUUUUUCGCCGUACGAACGACAGACCGGCUGGGGCGCUAUUGUAGGAGGCUUCUUGUAUUGGACUUGCUUCAACUCCGUCAAUCAGACAAUGGUCCAGAGAUACAUUUCCCUACCAACUAAGCGGAAAGCAAUUACUGCUCUGGCAAUAUUCUGUAUUGGAGCGAUAUGUGCCAUCUCGCUGUGUGUUUGGUGUGGACUCACGGCGUGGGCUGCCUGGGUCCAGGGAGGCUGCGACCCGCGAGGGGUGCCUCUAGUUGAUGAUCGUCUUCUACCAGCAUUCGUCACUUACGUGUCUAAAGUUCAACGAUUACCAGGUCUCUCUGGAGUCUUCUUGGCUGGCGUCUUCGGAGCUGGAUUAAGCUCGUUGUCGGCCGUGUUAAAUGCGUGCGCGCUGGUGGCUGUAGAGGACAUCCUACAUGGCUGGUUGAAGAUGAGCUUCAGGCCCGUGGUGGAGGGGCUCCUGGCCCGGGCCGUGACCGGCGCGCUGGCCAUCAUCUCCAUCCUGAUGCUCAUUGUGGUGGAGAAGCUGGGCGGGGUGCUGGUGUCGUGUGUCCACCACCAGGCGUGGCGACGGCGCUGUCCGCCAUAGCAGCCAGCGCCACGU